AUGCAGGCGUGUUCAGGACUCAGGCAAUACCUCGACACGGCAGCAACACCACAGGCAGAUAAUAUUGACGCUGCGAUCACCACUUCAAUGUUUUUGGGAUCUCUAUCAUUUGCGGACGCCACGGAGGACUAUCAAGUGGCCCUGGAUAAUCGACCUGUGCCUUUCUUCUGGCUCAGCAAUCAGCGUGGCCUCGGAUCCCUCCUCUCCAUCUUUCAGUCCCAGAGCGUGAGCAUGCAGAGCAUGUGGCUCAGCAUGUUUGACGAAGUGGCUGAAGACGUUCUGCGAUUGAACGACAACAGGCCUGGUAUAGACGGCAUCCCAGCCGAACUCGCGCAGAUGUUCGGCGUGAAGAAAACUUCCACCUGCGACCAGCACCACUAUUUGGGCGUUCUUCGUAGAUUGUGUCGCCUCCUACGCGUCGAUCCUGGAAAUAAUAUGGCUCUGCUCCAAUACAUGCAAUUCGUCGAAGGGUUGUCUUCACGCUUUGUGAGCCUUCUCAAUACGUUGGACAUUAGAGCCCUCCUGCUGUUGUCGUACUGGCUGGCCCUACUGUGCGCUAAGAAAUGUUGGUGGUCACAACAGCGAGCAAGAAACGACUGCUGGGCAAUCUGUAAGUACCUUGAGAACCACGGGGACGAAGGACUAUGGAACUAUAUGGAUUUCCCGGCCGCUGCUUGUGAUUAUCCGUAUAUUGGUGUUGCUCCAGCUGGGUGGGCCCUAAUUAACAGACUCAGACGGGACAGUCGUCAGCUAGGGCUAUUGUUAUGA